CUACUAUACUUUUUCUCUUCAAAGCAGUUCAUCCUGAUUAAAAGAAAACGAGUCUAGAAGAAGAGAGGAACAAUUCCUGUUUGAUGGAAAUAGCAGGAACCAUGUCAAAGAGAGUAGCAAUUGUUGGUUCUGGAGUAAGUGGGCUGACAUCCAUCAAAGCUUGCCUGGAAGAAGGACUUGAACCCACCUGUUUCGAGCAAAGCAAUGACAUUGGUGGCCUAUGGCGAUUCACAGAAACUGUAGAGGAGAGAAAAGCAAGUAUCUACAGGUCACUCACCAGUAAUUCCUCCAAAGAGAUGAGCUGCUUCAGUGAUUUUCCAAUGCCAGAUAACUUUCCAAACUUUCUGCACAAUAUAAAGUUCCUGGAAUAUUUACGACUGUAUGCAAAACAUUUUGAGCUACUCAAAUAUAUCAGAUUCAAGUCUCUAGUUGUGCGUGUAGAAAAAUGUCAAGAUUUCUCUACCACUGGCCAAUGGAAUGUGACUAUAGAGAACGAUGGAAAACAGGAAUCCUUCACCUUUGAUGCUGUCAUGAUCUGUUCAGGACACCAGAUAGAAGCAUAUACUCCGCUGAAUUAUUUUCCUGGUUUUGAAAAAUUCAAGGGGAAUUCAUUCCACAGCCAAAAUUACAAGGAUUCAGAAGGAUUUGAAGGGAAGACUGUUGUGAUCAUUGGAAUGGGAAAUUCAGCUGCUGACAUUGCUGUGGAGAUCUGCAAGAAAGCAAAUAAGGUGGUCCUCAGUGCCAGGGGAGGCACCUGGGUGAUGAGUCGAGUAUAUGACAAUGGCUAUCCCUGGGACACCGUUUACCACACUCGCUUUCUUAAUUUUAUCCGAAAUUCUGUCCCAUGGUUUGUUUUGAAAUGGAUGACAGAACAGAAGAUGAAUCAAUGGUUCAAUCAUGAAAACUAUGGCUUGGUGCCUCAAAACAGGUACUUGAUGAAAGAACCAGUGUUCAAUGAUGAUCUGCCCAGCCGUAUCCUGUGUGGAUAUGUCAACGUGAAACCACUUGUCAGGCAAUUCACAGAAACCUCAGCCAUAUUUGAAGAUGGGACAGUGGUGGAGAAUGUAGACAUUGUCAUCUUUGCAACAGGCUACAGUGUUGCAUUCCCUUUCCUGGACAAAUCAGUCCUUGAGGUAGAGGAUAAUCGUGUCCCACUGUAUAAACAUGUCUUCCCUCCUCAUCUGGAGAAGCCAACCUUGGCUGUUAUUGGUCUCAUCCAGCCCCUUGGGCCUAUUAUGCCUACUUCAGAACUUCAGGCACGCUGGGCUACAAGAGUCUUCAAGGGGUUAAGCCUUCUGCCUUCAGAACGUGCCAUGAUGGCUGAUACUUUUAAAAGAAAUGAGAAGAGGACUAAGUGGUUUGGAACCAGCCGCAGUCAGUCAAUCCAAACCGAUUUCAUUGAUUACCUGGACGAGCUUGCUGCAGCCUUGGGAUCAAAGCCAGAUCUGUUCUCACUGCUGUUGUGGGAUCCCAUACUGGCUUGGGCCAUGUGUUUUGGCCCUUGCAACCCUUUUCAGUUCCGUUUGAAAGGGCCAGGAAAGUGGACUGGAGCCAGGGAUGCCAUCCUCACCCAGAGGGAGCGGAUCAUUAAACCCACAAAAACACGAGUCGUGAGCAGCUCUUCAAACCACGCUCUGUUCUCCCUGCUCACAGCCAUUGGUCUCCUUCUUAUCUUGGCUGCUUUUUUCCUUUUCCUUGUUCAGGACUGAUGUCCAUCCUAAAAACCCCAAAAAGUGACAAUUGCUUAUAUCAAAACCAUGCUUUCUAUUCUUCUAAUGAUUACCAUCACGGGUUUACUGUCUAUUAUACCUUAGUUCUGUAUGCUCACAAACAUAAAAGAGGAUCGUUUGAGCAACUUUCUGGGAAAUUAUGAACGAGGAAGAGAUAUGGAAAAUGGGGGGGAUGAAAGAAAGAAAAAGCUUUUUUUUUUUAAGAAAGGGAAGUUAACAUGCCAAGUGCAGCUUUAAGGUGCUCCAACAACAUGCCUAUUUUUCUGAUUCCUUUUAACAUUAGAUAGCAUUGUGAAUUGCAAUUCAUUCUUGAAUUUUAAAAAAGGAGCAAAUUUGGAUUUCAUACUUGAAUUAUAUAAAAUGCUAUCUGGAACAUGUCUAUUAAUGUCUAAAGGCAGAAAUAUAUAUUUCAUGAAAUGCUGUGAUGUUCCACUGUGGGUUCACCGACAAAAGGGCGAACAACAAAACCGAGCCCGACUAAACCGCGUCGCUG